UAUUUCUCUGACGUUUAUUUUCUUCGAACAACCAACAGCCGGAAGUUCUCGCCUCUUCCCAGCUAGGACCCAGAGGUUAAGUCCCGUCAGCUCUCGCGCGCCACUUUCCCUUCUCUUCCUCGGCGCUUCUACGGAGGUGGCAGCCAUCUCCUAUUUGGCAUCAUGGCUGCCCUCAGACCCCUCGUGAAGCCCAAGAUUGUCAAAAAGAGGACCAAGAAGUUUAUCCGGCACCAGUCAGACCGAUAUGUCAAAAUUAAGCGUAACUGGCGGAAACCCAGAGGCAUUGACAAUAGAGUGCGCAGAAGAUUCAAGGGCCAGAUCUUGAUGCCCAACAUUGGUUAUGGGAGUAACAAGAAAACAAAGCACAUGCUGCCCAGUGGCUUUCGGAAGUUCCUGGUCCACAAUGUUAAGGAGCUUGAAGUGCUGCUGAUGUGCAACAAAUCUUACUGUGCUGAGAUUGCUCACAACGUCUCCUCAAAGAACCGCAAAGCCAUUGUGGAAAGAGCAGCCCAACUGGCUAUCAGAGUCACCAAUCCAAAUGCCAGGCUGCGCAGCGAAGAAAAUGAAUAGACAGCUUGUGUGCACAUUGUAUUUGUGUUAAUAAAACCAUAAAAUUCUACCAUC